GCUUCCACCGCGUAAGGUGCCCCAUCAGCAGUAGAACAACGAGACGGAUGCAUUAGUGAAAAGUCAUUUUCUUUUUUUUUUCCUUUUAAAGCAGGAGGUUUGCCAUCUCAGUCUGCUCGUCUGUCUUCUGACUUACAGCUGCUUAGCUGCAUUCAAGGUACCUCCAGUGUUGCUUGUACUAGUGUCUCACUAUGGGAGUCAAAGCUGCCCUUCCCAAAUAUGAGCUGUACAUCUACACUGGUGUGCUGUACAUGGCCAUCUUGUGGGCUGCCAGCUGGAUCUUUGAGGUCUCCAGUGGAAAUGUGAACAGGAAGAUAUUCAAGACCAGCGUGAAGCCAGGGUGGUACUACUUUGGCAGGAAAAUGGAUGUGGCUGACUUUGAAUGGGUGAUGUGGUUCACAACAUUCCGUAGUCACAUCCUUUUCGCCUUGUCGGGCCAUGUGAUCUUCGCAAAAAUCUGCUCCAUGUUGGCUCCACAGCACAGGUCCAUAGUGUACAUGGUGUAUGGGAUGUUGGCGGUCUUAACCAGCAUGGGGUGGACCUACGUGACUCUCAUUGUGUCCCACUGCAUACUGCUCUACAGCAUCUCAUUGGUCAAGCUCAGGUGGCUGUGCUUUGUGGCUGGCCUGACCAGCCUGGCCACCUUUAAGAUGGAGCCUUUCAUCUCCUGGCAGGAGGGUUUUGUGAAAGGAAGCUUUGAGCUUCAGCACAUACUUUUUUAUGGAGGCUGUGGGUUUACCAUCAUGCGCUGUAUGAGUUUUGCUCUGGAGAACUGUGACAAGAAUGAGGGCAAUUACAGCUUUCUGGAACUGCUUAAGUACAACUUCUACCUCCCCUUCUUCUACUUUGGACCUGUUAUGACUUUCGAUAAAUUCCACAUUCAGGCCAAUAAUCCUGACUUAACUCGCAAGGAGCGGGAGAUGUGGAACAUCACCACCCAGGCCCUGGUGCACCUGGGGGCCAUUAUCCUGGUGGACAUCCUCUUCCACUUCCUCUACAUUCUCACCAUACCCAAUGACAUCAAGCUGAUGAAGCGCCUCUCUGACUGGGCACUUGCUGGUUUGGCCUACUCUAACCUGGUGUAUGACUGGGUUAAAGCAGCUGUGAUGUUUGGGGUCAUAAAUACAAUCUCCAGACUGGAUCACCUGGACCCACCUAAGCCUCCUAAAUGCAUCACAAUGCUGUAUGUCUUUGCUGAAACACACUUUGACAGAGGGAUUAAUGACUGGCUCUGCAAGUAUGUUUAUGACUAUCUGGGAGGAAACCAUGACAAAAUCUGGAAUGAGCUUGUGGCGACCGUUUGCACAUUUGGUGUUACCGCCCUGUGGCUGGGACCUUGCGAGGUCGUGUUCAUCUGGUCAUUUUUCAACUGCUUUGGUCUGAACUUUGAGCUGUGGCUGAGCAAGUUCUUCUCCCUGGAGCCCUUUGCUUCGAUGGAGAUGGCAAUGUCUGAGGCCAUGUCUCGUAGGAUAAGAGCAGCGUUCAAUGCAGCUAACUUCUGGACAAUCGUCCUCUACAACGUACUGGCUCUCAACAGCCUUGACUUUGCCAAACUGGUUGCCAGGAGACUUAUCCUCAAAGGCUUUCCUCUGUCAACCCUGUCUGUGCUGUUCGUCACCUACUGUGGAGUGCAGCUGGUGAAAGAGCGAGAGAGAAGGCAGGCCUUGCUGGAUGACCCCGACCCCAUCCCACCCCCUGCCCCUACCCCUCCCCCUGCAACUGUCUCUGCCCCUGUUACUGCCCCUGCUCCCACAGAGCCUGUGAAGAGCGAGGAGACAGGGAAGGAGAAAGCAGAGUAG